AUGAUUGCUAAAGCAUCUACGAUCAGUGCUGCGGCAGCAGCUGUCUUGCUCACGUUGCCUCACUAUAGCAUUGCAAGCCCGACCAAGCGUCAAGCAGGCCCUUUUGAGCCGACAUGGGAGUCAACAGACCAGCACAAGCCUUCGCCAGAGUGGUUCAAGGACGCCAAAUUCGGGAUCUAUUGGCACUGGGGAGGUUUCUCGGUGCCAGAAUAUGGCUUCGAAUGGUAUCCUCGUUUCAUGUAUGAUGCCAACAACGACAUGGGUCAACACCAUCGCGCCACCUACGGGGAUCCCAGUGUGCAGGGAGGUUUUGGAUACCAGAAUUUCACAUUCGGUAGCCCCGACCUGGAAGGCAAUAUGGUACAGUUCAAGCCAGUCCGAUCAUCGGAAGGGGGCGAGUGGGAUCCCGAACACUGGAUCGAGGUGAUCAAGGCUUCGGGAGCAAGGUUUGCCGGUCCAGUUGCAGAGCACCACGAUGGCUACGCGUUGUGGGACAGCAAGUUCAACGAAUGA